GAGUUUGCAGCACUAAUUACCUCUUAACUUCAAUCAAAGCUUCCAUAAAUCCAGGAGUUUGCAGCACUAAUUACCUCUUAACUUCAAUCAAAGCUUCCAUAAAUCCAGGAACUCAAGCCGCCGUCAUGCCCGAGCUCCGCUUCUCCUUCGGUAUCAUGGCUACGGUGCUGGGCCUCGGGCUCGCCGCGGUAUCCUAUCCAGACAGCGCCAACGUCGUUUUAGGCUCCUCUGCUCCGCUGAGCUGCGGGAGGCGAACUUCGACUUCCGUGAGAUUCAGGACCUUGGUGGUGUCGGGACCCUCCUCAGUAGUGACGUACCGACGCUUGACGGUCACGGCAGGCAAUUUAACCGCUGCUGUCAAUGAGACCAAAGCGAUAACAGCAACGGACGUGGUGCAGUGUGCGAAGAAGGCCGCCUUGGUUGGCAUGGCUGGGUUUUCUUACAAUGGAACCUGCACCGCUUACAAGUUUGGCUUGAAACUCUGCUCUUGUUCGCCGGGCGAGGAAGUCGUUUACGUGACCAACGCCAGUGUAUCCUCCGGGUCUCCAUCGGCCAUGCCGCUCAGCGCAGUGCCCUACGUCAACACUACUGUCGGAAACAUCCAAUUAAAGCAGUACCGUCUCUUGAAGUUAUUCGCUGAUGUUGCUGAGGGAGCUGUUAUAACGCCAGCUAUCUGUAAGUUGUCGCGUAAUAAUUUCCAAACUCAUGUCAAGAACUGA